AUCAGAGCCCUCUGAUCUGUUUAAAGGGCCAUUAAAACCCCUGGCAGACUUAAAAAAGGCAAUGUGACAGUUCUGCAAUAUUCCCUUCUGACCAAGGCCAGCUUUCCAAUGGAUUUACUGUACGCUGGAUCGGCAGGGAUCUAAAGGACACUUUUUAUUUUGCACAACUGUUUUACUUUUGCAUCAGUAUAUUUAAGCUGAAGCCCUUGCAUUAAACCAGCGACCUUCAUCCUCACAGCAAGUCUGGAGGAAGCAAGAACUGGCGCUGAAAAACCCUUCCAUUAUCGCGUGCACUUCAUCGUAUCUCGGCUACUACCACAGUGUAUAUAAUGCCAGUCCUGACCAACCCAGAGAUUGCCACCAAAUUCAAGGAAAAGUGGAUGAUGCUUCACCCGGAGGACCAGGACAACUUUAACGGCUCUGUGAACCUGGACGAUAGCCUCACCAGCCUCCAGUGGCUGCAGGACUUUUCCAUCCUCAACGCUAACCUGGAGAGACCCCCCAGCUCCGGCUACCACCCUCACCACCAGAUACACCCCCAAUUCCACCAGAAGCACUUCCACAUGCCUGGCGCGGAUGCCCCAGGCAGCCCGCCUGCUGGCGACACAGCGGCUACUGGGAUGCCCCUCAGCCUGGGUAACCCCACAUCGGCCUCCACCUCCAGUAGAUCCUCGCCCGGUGGCACCAGCUACCUGCAGCAACAAGCAGCCCACAGCCACCACACUUCUGCCCCUAUGAGCCCGCCUGAAGAGAUCGACUACAAGACGAAUGCUCAAGUUAAGCCCCCUUACUCGUAUGCUACCCUUAUCUGCAUGGCGAUGCAAGCUAGCAAGAAAACCAAGAUCACCCUCUCGGCCAUCUACAACUGGAUAACCGAUAAUUUCUGCUAUUACAGACACGCUGAACCCAGCUGGCAGAAUUCAAUCCGCCACAACCUGUCGCUCAACAAGUGCUUCAUGAAGGUGCCCAGGCAGAAGGACGAGCCUGGGAAGGGCGGCUUCUGGCAGAUCGACCCGCAGUAUGCUGACAUGUUCGUCAACGGCGUCUUCAAGAGGAGGCGCAUGCCUGCCACUCACUUCAACACCCAGCGCCAGAGCAAGAUGUCGCCCGUUUCGGAGGCUUCCUGCAGCCCUCUGGGUCACAACUACCUGCACCAGCCCGUGGGCGAGCACCAUAUUGGCAUGAACCACAUGGGCACUGACCACCACCACAACCAGACUGGCUUCAUCUCCCCGGCGGAGGUGCACCGGCCGGGCAGCAAGCGCAAGCAGCCUGUGCCCAAGAGAAAUGGCAAGAUGGCUUGCAGCUCCAAAUCGCCCCUGCUGGCACCGGAGAUCAAGGAGACGGAGGCCCUGAAAGGGGACUUCGACUGGGCAUCCGUGUUUGAUGAAGUUUUCAACGGAAACGGCAGCAACUUCGAAGACUUGGACAUUAACGCUGCCCUCAGCUCCCUGGGCUGUGAGCAGCUGGACCUCACCAUUCAAGGACGCCACAUUAACACCAACAGCAAGUGGUGCACGGCCAGCAUGGAGCCGCAGUGCAGCUUUGCAGAGGUCAGCGGUACUAAUCUACAGUUUCAGCAGCAGCAGCAGCAGCAGCAGCAGCAGCAGCAGCAUUUCGAAGAGUUCACUUUCUUCUCAGACCCCCCGCGACACCCCUGGGAGGAGAUCAAGGAAGAGGUGCAGGCCAUCCCUUUGAAUUUCGACCAGAGCUUUAACUUCUGCGAAGGCUUUUUCAACGAAAUGCAGCAGUGGGAGAGGGUCGAAGCCUAUCUGUGACAUCCCGCCCAUCCUUUUCCCAGUUAAAGGACACAGACUCAAGUUUUGCUACAUUAGCAUCUUAAGCUCUUUGAUUAUAGAGCACAGACAGGGACCCAGCUUGUUUGUUUUGUACACGUGAAGCUAUAGAUGCUUCUUUUCUGUUUUGUUUUGUAAUAGGGUGACCGUACCACUGAAGCCGAAGCACUGUCAGUGGUUCCAAUAGCAAAACAAGUCGACAAAGGGUUGCUUAACUUUUGUGGUUCAUUGAUGCUUACGAGAUUGGUACACCCCACUAACGGUGCAAACAAAGUUGCAAUACAGGAACAGAGAGGAGCAAGUGAAAGCCUUCCUGAUUGUACAGAACGGAUGGUAAUUAGAUGUCGCAUGCACUUGCCACUUUGAAAAAAAACAAUACUGUUGCAUUAGUGAGGAGGACAACAAACUAAUGAUCAAAUCAAUUAUAUAUAUAU